AUGACAGCGGUAUCUCCAAUCAAUCCAACUCCACAAUUCAGUACCGCUAGCAAUAUGACACUCCCUCUCACUCAUGCUACUUGCGCUAUCCAGGAAUACCCAGGAACACUGCUCAGUCAGAAUCACUGGAUACCAACUUACAUUCAGUCCCAUUCCAGUCGACCAAUUCAGCUCAAGGACAUUUUGGUGUUAGAAGACCAAGUACAGCUCAUGUACCACUAUACCGGAGUAGUUGACAAGAUAUUAGGAGUACAGGGAGGAUGUGUGGAUAUACGAGUCCAGAAGGACAGGUCUGAUGGUCCAAUUCCUCCAAUCACCCUUACUAUGCCUCUUCACUAUUUUCAACUCCCAUUCCACUGGCGCCUUAAAUGUGCAUAUCAGCAACUUCAGCUCAAGAUUACACAUUUCUAUCAUUGCUCUAUGCUGGAGCCAGUAUACCCCCAGACAGUGCAAGGAGACCUUCAAGCAGUGUUAGAUUCACUGGCAGCAGAAUAUCCAGAAGGAUCUUGUAAAGGGAUACCAGAGAACCUCUUAGAGGACGACGAUUACUACUUCAAAGUUGUUGAUUCGCGACCACAUCACUAUCGUUAUACCUAG